GCGGGUGAAAUGUAUUUUUGGCCUGAAAUAGAAAAGAUGAACUGGGUUUUAUUGAUUGAAAAAUAUUCGAGGAUUGUAUGUUGAUGGUGCAAGUAGGAACGUUCAGCAAAUGUAAUACUCCCAAGCAAUAUCGUGGUUACAGAUAUACUGUUGUGGAUUCUGGGAAAAAAUGCAGUCUGAGACUUACGAGGGAUAAGUUAAAAAACAGGUCUACUGUUCCUAUUACAUGUACUUUAUACUGGAAGAGCAAUCAUGGGAGUUCAAGGACUUUGGAAGCUGCUGGAGUGUACAGGAAGACCAAUAAAUGCAGAAACCCUAGAAGGAAAAAUCCUUGCUAUUGAUAUCAGCAUUUGGCUCAACCAAGCUGUAAAAGGUGCUAGAGACCGACAAGGAAAUGCUAUCCAAAAUGCUCAUUUACUGACCUUAUUCCACCGGCUUUGCAAGCUCCUAUUUUUUAGAAUUCGGCCUAUAUUUGUAUUUGAUGGAGAGGCUCCUUUGCUAAAGAGACAAACUCUCGCAAAGAGGAGGCAAAGAAAAGACAAUGCAAGCAAUGAAGCAAAGAAAACACAUGAAAAGCUGCUGAGAACAUUCUUGAAAAGGCAAGCAAUAAAAGCUGCCUUAUCAGGAAAUAAGCAAAGCAAUGAUGAACUGCCAAGCUUCUCCAAAGUUCGUAGGAAGGAGACUGAUGACUUGUAUAUUCUGCCUCCUUUGGAAGACAAUGAAAAAUACAGCUCUGAAGAAGAGGAGGAGAGAGCAUGGGAGGAAAGAAUGACUCAAAAGCAGAGGCUGCAGGAGGAAUUUUUUGCCAAUCCCAGUUCUGUGGAUAUAGAAUCGGAGGAGUUUAUCAGUCUUCCUCCGGAGGUAAAGCAUGAAAUCCUGACUGACAUGAAGGAGUUUACAAAAAGGAGAAGAACAUUAUUUGAAGCCAUGCCAGAGGAUUCGAAUGAUUUCUCCCAAUACCAGCUGAGUGGUCUGCUGAAAAAAAAUAAUCUUAACAAGUGCAUUGAUAAUGUGCGAAAAGAGCUGAACCAGCAGUACUCUGGGGAAGUCCAAGCUCAGUUUGAGGCAGAAGGAGGCUUUCUGAAAGAGGUGGAAACGCGUCGGCUGGUGUCUGAGGACAAUUCUCAUUACAUUCUAAUUAAAGGAAUUCAGUCAAAGAAGGAAGAGAAAAAAGUUGAUUCUCCUCCACAAUCAGUUACCUAUAAUUCCUCUCAGACUCCCAAAACAUACCUUGAUUUAAAAUUGGCUUCUGCUCGCAAAGCUAAAUCGUCACAGGCUGCCUCUGCAGAUGAAGAGCCACCUUCUCCAAGGACACUUUUUGCAAUCCAGGAGGCAAUGACGGAGAACAUCUUAGAUGAGAACUGGGAUGAUGAAAAACAUGAGAAGCCUUCUGUCUCUGUACGUGAAGCAGAAGGAAAUGUAUCACCCAGGACUUUACAAGCAAUUUAUCAGGUUCUUGCAGAAGACGAAGCAGGGCAGAGUAAUAAGAAAAAGACAGUUGUGCAAAGUGAGAGGGAACAUAAAAAAGCAAAAGUAAUAGUAAUAAGCAGCUCAGAUGAAGAGGAUAAUUGUUUAAACAAUCAGGGCAGAACUAAAGCUGCUUUUGGAGUGCCUUUAAUAAACAGAGUUUCACCCAGUUCUGUGCAGUGUCAAGAAUCUGCUGUAAGCAGUGUGUUGGACUGUGCACAUUCUAGAUCUGUCUCGCAAGUAGAGGAACCUUCCAAUGAAGUGAAUGUAGUAGAAAUGGCUGAUCAUAAUCUACAACUUGAUAACAGGAAUGUCCCUAUUGCCCAAGAUACAUUGAUUGUUUCAUCUUCAACAGGUAAUGCUGAAAACCCUGUUACUUUGUGUAACACAAUUCCAGUCACUUCUGAAAUACCUUUACUUUCUGUGAAUAGGAGUAUACAAAAAUCUGUAAUUAAUCCUUACAACUCUGGCAGCUUUGACUCCUCCAGAGAUAUUAGCCUGCAAGGAGAUGCUAACAAGCAAGGUUUUUCUGACAAUCCAGUUGUGGAUGUAUUGAAUAGUCCUUUUGAAACUGCUCUGAAAUCUUCAUCAGCCUUGGGUGAGAGUAGCAACACCCUUGCUACUCAGUUAUUAUUGUCUAAGAGCAACAAGUUCUCAGAUCCCAGUAUGGGUCAAAGUUGUAGCAAUACCCUAUUGAAGAGUCCUUUUGAAACUGCCCUGAAAUCCUCAUCAGCCUUGAGUGAGAGUAGCAACACCCCUGCUACUCAGUUAUUAUUGUCUAAGAGCAACAAGUACUCAGACGCCAGUAUGGUUCAAGGUUGUAGCAAUACCCUGGAAGUUACACAGGUUAUACAACCUUCAGCAGGAUCAGAGGUCAAACAACCUGCAGAGGACAAUCCACCUAUGAAAGUGCUUGGCAGCAAUGAUUCUGGUGGCGUGUAUGUGCCAAUGACUCCUGAAAGCAUAAUUGUUAGCGAUGAGGAAAUCUGUGAUGACAAGAAAGAGGAUUCAGAUUCAGAUGACAGUUUCAUUGAAGUAGAAAGUGAGUUAAGCAAUAGCAACUCCCAACUUGUGGUUAAGGAACCAGAAGAUACUCGUGAAGCUGCAACCAAGAUUCAGCCAGCUGGAGAAAGUUCUUCUGACUGUCAAGACAGUUCUCUUGGGCAUGGUAGUGGGGAACCACGUGAACAGCUAAACAACAAAGAUUCGGAAGACAUUAGGAAUGAAUGGCAAGACAUUAGUGUGGUAAAAAUGCUGUAUAUUAAGUAUGAUAUACUAUAUAUGGCAUUGCCUUUUUUUAAUGAAAAAUUAUUGUUACAUAUACUAUAAUAAUAAGAAAUACCUCACAGUCAGGAUGCUUUCUUGUUGCUGAUUAUAGGGAAGAUAUAGCUGUUAUAACAGAUAUUUAAACAAAGCAUAAAACCCACACUAAUAAUAAUUUAGGUUUUGGUUGACCUUUCACGUACAUUGGAGACAUGUUUUAAAUAUAUGUGUUACUCUCACUUUAUUUUAUAAGCCUUCAAUCAAAGCAUGGACUUCUGUGCAGAGAGACUCCCAAUAUAUUGAUUUAUUUUAACCACCAGGCAAUUAAUCAAAAAUAAAGCCAAUUCUAAAGCUUCUUUUUUCAUCAAAUACAAAUAGGAGGAACUUGAAUCACUUGAGAACAAUCUGUAUGUACAGCAAACAUCUCUCCAAGCACAACGGCAACAACAAGAGCGUAUAGCUGCCACUGUUACGGGACAGAUGUGCCUAGAAAGCCAGGAGUUGCUACGGCUGUUUGGAAUCCCAUACAUUGUAGCCCCCAUGGAGGCAGAAGCGCAGUGUGCCAUCUUGGAUCUUACUGACCAAACAUCAGGAACAAUCACAGAUGAUAGUGAUAUUUGGCUUUUUGGGGCGCGGCAUGUGUACAAGAAUUUCUUUACUCAAAAUAAACAUGUUGAGUACUACCAGUAUGCAGAUAUUCACAAUCAGCUUGGUUUAGACCGGUCAAAGCUAAUAAAUUUAGCAUACUUGUUGGGAAGCGAUUACACAGAAGGGAUCCCGACGGUUGGUUACGUGUCUGCUAUGGAAAUCCUUAAUGAGUUCCCUGCGCAAGGUCUGGAAUCUCUGCUGCAGUUUAAAGAAUGGUGGACUGAAGCUCAGAAGGAUAAGAAAAUGAGGCCUAAUCCACACGAUACUAAAGUGAAAAAGAAACUGCGACGCUUAGAGAUCCAUCAGGGCUUUCCAAAUCCAGCUGUAGCUAAUGCAUAUUUGAAGCCUGUGGUGGAUGAGUCAAAGGCUGCUUUCUGCUGGGGACGACCAGACCUAGAACAGAUCAGAGAAUUCUGUGAGAGCCGCUUUGGCUGGUAUCGGUCUAAGACUGAUGAAGUGUUGCUGCCAGUGCUGAAGCAAAUAAAUGCGCAACAGACUCAGCUUCGAAUAGAUUCAUUCUUCAGAUUAGAACAGCACGAAGCUAUUGGUUUAAAGAGCCAACGAUUGCGCAGGGCUGUAACUUGCAUGAAGCGAAAGCAAAGAGAAGGGGAAACUGCAGAAGUAGAAGCAGCUGUUGCGCUCAUGGAGAAAGAAUGUUCCUAUCUCAGUAAGGGCCAAAAGUCAAAUACAAAAUCUCAAGGUACAAAAAGGAGAAAGCCUUCAAAACAUUCUCAAGAGGAUCAGGGUCCUGUCCAUACUGGAGGGGGAUUUAUUGGCAGUGAGUUCAAAACUUCUGAAGUAUAUUCUUCAGAUGGAUCCAGCAGUGACGCUGAAGACCUGCAAUCUGGCAUAAUUGAUGACCAUAGUGAAUGUGGCAUUGCUGCCAGUCAGAAAGCCAGUAACAAAGUAGAAAGUAGUACUAGUUCAAGUGAUGAUGAAGAAAGUACUGUCCUGGUAACGGCAAAACCUGUAUUUCAGGGCACAAACAAAAAAUCAAAAACUGUAAAACGAACUGUGAAAAAAUGAAUUUUUCCACAUUUUAAUCAUGUGAUUUUGUUUUUCCACAUACACUGAAUCAGUCAACUGAAUUUGUAUCAUUGAUUGACUUAAUUAAAUUCAUAUUUAUAAA